CGGAACGGCCGUUCGACACAACGACAGUCAUUCAGAGCUCGACUGGUGCGCGGUACGUUUCGUGGCUUCUCUCGACUGUCCUCCACACGUUGUGCUUCGAUCGUAUAUAUACGUACAUACCAUACACACGAUCCACCCCGCGUGUCCCCCCUUCAGUGAGCCGCGUGGCGUUCUCACCUGAGACAAUAAUCGUAGCAAGAGAGGAUAGUAGUGUGCAGAGAUCGAACCACGCGGACUGAAAACGAUGUUCCGAGGGUAGUUCAACCCCCUGUGUGUGCCGGCUCCGAACCGAUCCUUCUCAAACGGUGGUGGUGAUUGUAUUUACACCUGUAAUCGAACCGAUAGUGACCAGUGUGGAGAAUUUUUUCGUCGGCUGAGCAAAGAAACACACACACAAAUCUGGAACGGGAGAGGAUGUCGAAGUCAGGAAGCAUCAAGGAUGGCGAGAAGGGGCCGUACGACCCGGUCCCGACCGCCGACAAAGCGAACGACGAGAUCAAACUCGAGGCGAAGAUGUCCCUGAUGAACGGUAUCACGGUGAUCGUCGGCUCCAUUAUUGGUUCUGGCAUAUUCGUUAGCCCCACCGGGGUCCUCAAGUAUACGGGAAGUGUGAACGCCAGCCUUCUGGUGUGGACAGCAUCCGGCAUUUUCUCCACGGUGGGUGCGUACUGUUACGCGGAGCUCGGCUGCAUGAUCAGAAAGUCUGGCGCCGAUUACGCGUAUAUCAUGGAGACCUUCGGACCUUUCAUGGCGUUCAUCAGACUCUGGGUCGAGUGCAUGAUAGUGCGACCUUGCAGCCAGGCGAUCGUGGCCUUGACUUUCAGCGUGUACGUGCUGAAGCCGGUGUUCCCUGACUGCACGCCGCCGGACGACGCGACAAGGAUACUCGCUGCCUGCUGCAUAUGUAUCCUGGCGUUCAUCAACUGUUGGGACGUGAAAUGGGCGACGAGAGUGCAGGACAUCUUCACAUACGCGAAGUUGCUCGCACUGUUCAUCAUUAUCUUUGCGGGAGCCUAUCAGCUCUUCACCGGUCACACACAGCAUUUCACAUUCGAGAACACGAACACCGAGGUGACGUCGAUAGCACUCAGCUUUUAUUCGGGAUUGUUCGCUUAUAACGGAUGGAACUACUUGAACUUCAUCAUCGAGGAGCUGAAGGACCCUGUCAAAAACUUACCGAGGGCCAUAGGAAUUUCCUGCGUGCUCGUUACUCUCGUCUACGUGUUCGCGAACGUCGCAUUCUAUACGACGCUUAGUCCUGUAGAGGUAUUGGGAAGCGAGGCGGUAGCAGUGACGUUCGCGAACCGUCUGUUCGGAAUGCUCGCCUGGACGAUACCGGUGUUCGUCGCUCUUUCCACGUUCGGCGCGGUAAAUGGAAUCCUUCUGACGUCCUCUCGACUCUUCUAUGCGGGAGCCUGCGAGGGACAGAUGCCUGAAAUAUUAACGAUGAUUCAAACCUCGAGGGUCACACCGACGCCAGCCGUUCUCUGCAUGGCCCUCCUAUCCAUGUUGUACCUCUGCUCGUCCGACAUUUUUGCCCUGAUCAACUACGUCGGCUUCGCCACUUGGUUGAGUAUAGGUGUUUCCGUGCUCUGCCUGCCAUGGCUGAGGUGGUCCCAACCAAAUCUGCCCAGGCCCAUCAAGGUGAACCUCUUCUUCCCGAUCAUAUACAUACUUGCCACCCUGUUCGUGACAAUCGUGCCUAUGUAUGCCAGUCCAGUAGAAACAGGAUACGGUUGCCUGAUGAUAUUCUCGUCCGUUCCGGUGUACUUUGUGUUCGUAGCGUGGAAGAACAAGCCGAAGUUCUUCCAGAAGGGAGUCGUAAGCGUCACGAAGUUCCUGCAGAAAAUAAUGCUUGUCGUCGGCAAGUCGAAACCCGCUCAGGUUUAACUUUGGCAGUCGGAAACACUUGGUCUUCAGUCCCAAGGCGGAUGACUUCCGGUAACGAGGAGAAUGAGACACGGGGGAGGAAUUUUUACAGAAUCGCGCGCUCGGAAAACGUUCUCUAGAUUCCAUCGAAGCUCCUCCUGUGAACUAUUUAUUUAUAGUUUUUGUAUUCACCAUUCUGAUUUAAUUCUAGACUGGGCCUAAAAAUCGCGUCAUCAGACUUCGAAAACCGCGUACGGGGCAGUAGAUUAUUCAUUUUAUUUAUAUGUCCCGCCAGACUGAGUUGUAAUUUGGAGUAUAGGCUGGGCCUACGUUGCACUCUGAAUUUUAGUUAAAAUCAGAGUGUCAAGCUGACUCGAUGGAUAAACAAUACUAUACAUGAAUUCCGUGAAGUUCAUCUACCAAGACAGAAGCAUGAAUUUUUCUUGCAUCAUCACUACGAUCAUUGAAUCUCGAAAGUGUUUUGAUAGAUCAGAACAGGCUUGCUCCACUUGUCGAUCGACCUGCUCAAAUUCAAAAAAGUAUCGAAUUUUAAUUUAUUUCCCUCCUAAAUAAAAUCAAGGUAUUCGAUUUUUACUCGAAUUCGAACAGCGUUCUUCCAGCACGAACCAGAGCGUCCUGGGACAAGAGUCAGCCAUAUUGUAUCAG